UCAUUCAUACAGUCACUACCAUGCAGGCAGCUCAACCAGGACCAUCUGCAGCAGCAACCGCAGACAUGUAGAAAAAUAAUAAAAGAAAACAUAGAAAGUGGUUAAAAAUGGACUGAAGAAUAAUGUGCCUCGGCUGUCAUCAUAACCAUCACUACCAUGUUCCCGGGAGUUUUCUAUGCAUUGCUGGCGGGUUUCCUCGGAGCCGUGGCGUCGUCGUCGGCCAAACUGUCCCUCGGAGCCGACUAUCUGAAGGGAGUCUGUGAAACCGGACUCCGGACGUGGGGCGAGCAGCGGAAAUUCAGACAUGCGGAUGAAACCACAGCCUGUGACCGGCUCCACAUCCCUCUGAGGCUGCUGUGCGGUGGUCUUCUUUUCACCUGCAACGCUGUGAUGUGGACCUUCCUCGCCAAAGCACUCAGGUACUCCUCUUCCUCCACCCGAACCACUGUGACCACCACUGCCUCCAACUUCAUAUCUUCCGCUUUCUUGGGCCAGCUGAUCUUUGGGGAACCCCAGAUAACACUGUGGUGGGUCGGGAUCUCUUUAACCUUUUCAGGUCUGUUGGUACUGCAGAGGAUUUCACCACAGGAUAGGCAUCAGACUGCAGUCGCGACAAAGGAUGAAUAGCACAAUGUCUCCUCUAGCUGGCUGCGCUGUGCUCAGGCUGACACCUCCUCCGCUUUUAAGCAAAGCCAAAGACCAAGUCUGAAAACAGUAGUGUUGUUCAACAUAUUUGCUUUCCAUCUGCAGCCCAGGUGCAUAAUUGAAAAAAAGCAGCAAUUCUGUGAAGGAACAAGAGGUUUUCCAGUCAUGUCAUGUAAAAUAAACCACCCCCGUUUAAUCCUACAAAGUAGUCUGCCAUUAGAGGAUCUGCUUAUGUGGCACAGCUACAAUCUGUCUUGUGGAGAUGAAUAAACAGAUGCUUGGUUCCAGCUUCUUGCUUCUUUCACUAUAUAAAUGGGUUCACACAGACAGGGAAAAUUAUUCAAGCUUUAUAUUUUUGUUUCAUAAUCAGACAAUUAUAGCACAAAAAUGAUAGGGUAAAAAAACAUGCGACAAAAGUAAAAAGACAAAAAAAAAAAUGAUGUGAUAUUUUUGGAAAGGAGAUUAAGUACUCCUUUGUUGAGGAGGUGAUCAGAGGUUUAUUCUUUUGUUUGUGGAGUAAUCAGUAAGCUACAGUCAGUAGCUAGUACAAUGCUGCAAUCCAUUUAUUUUCCAGAAUUGAAAUUUAGGAUGAAAUGAACUGGAACAGCCUCUAAAAUUUUAAUUCCAAGUUGGAAAUUCAGUGGUUUCUCACAGCCCACAAACUUAAAAUCUAAUAUAAUUGUCACAUAUUCAAAGGGCAUGCAUCAUUUAUUUACAACUUUUAUUUUUCAGUUGUGUCCAGGCUUGUAGUUCAUGAUAGCUAUAUUCAUGUACAUGCUUGAAUUUGACAAAUAUUUUAAAAAGUGAGUGCAUAGCAGCUGAAAAUCUAGCCAAAUGUUGGCAAAGAGUGAUGGAAUAUGUUUGAAAUGCCGAACUCUGGCAUUUGUGAAAAACACAUUGGCCAUCUAGGAGCAAAAUAGUAUUAGCAAAGUCUCAAACUCAAAUUUGAGUUCAUAAAGUGAUUUAUCCAGGGAGGAGGAAGUCAGAAGAAAUGUUUUCUGUUGCUUGGAAACCUGAUGAACCGGCACCCUAUGAAGGAAUUUAAAAGUCUGUUGUCAUAAGAUAAACUUUUGUCCACAUUCCUCAGCUUUAAGUUGUUCAUUGCCUUAAAUUUAAUAUUCCCCUUGUUUCACAGUCUGGGACUUGCCUCUUUGCCAUCUGAGAGACUGUUUUUGUGGAGAAAUCCGCAGUUUCUUGUAUUUUCUUGACAGGGACAGAUAUUUUUCCCAAUUAUAGUUUCUGUAGAACAGCUUUAAUAUUCUGCUCAGACACAGGGAUAACGUUGAUAACAAAGCUACUAUAAUGUUAUUACAAUGCAUCUCCUAAAACCUACAUAGCUAAAGAUGUCUUCAAGAAGAUCAGUUUGCUGAAGGUUUUGGCUAACGUUAGCAUGUUUUCCCUCUGUUUUGGUUGAAUGACUUAUUGAUCAUUUGGUUUCUAACAUAUAUCAGUGCUGUUCUAGUUAAUUGUGGUCAAGAACAAAACUUACACAAGUUUUAUUCCCUGCUUCAAAAAACGUAAAUUUUUGUUUUAAACAUCGUAAAUAUGAAUGACCAGCAUUUCAGCUGCUCUCUGUGCAGCCCUUUCUAACACCAACAGCUAUUUGGGCACAGCACACAGAGCUGGCCACAAGACACAAAAACAAAGGAGGUUACAACAACCAAUACAGACUUUCAUUUAUUGUAAAUAUUGUAAAGAGUAAAAAACCUUUAGAUUGUCACGGAAACCCCAUAUUUGUUUGCCCAACAAAAUAAUAUGAGCAACAGUUUUGCAGUUCGUGCCAUAAUUUAACACUUGUGUGGUGUUCAUAUUGUUUUUACUCAGCCAAUGUUUCUGGGUCUGGUGGACCCGUUGCAUUUUGUGAUUUUUAAUGCCUCACAAUCAAACACUUACCGUAAUUAAAAUCUUGAUAUGAGUGGAAGCAAAUUUACAAUUAAUUUACAUUAAUUGUAUCAUUUUUCCUUCUGUAAAUAAUGAAAAUGGGUCCCACAGACCCAAACACCACACAAGGGUUAAAAAACAAAUUCUACGCAAUAUCUGACUAAAUACCUUGCUUGCUAAUGCUAUAGAUGUGGCUGAUAUGAAUUCAGACCUAACACCAACAACAGGAAUCAGGAGUUAAUUUUUUUUCAAUGACUCUAAUACCAAUCAAUUAAAAAUGCCUUGAUCGGGACAUUACUGUUUGCUUUUUUAUACAGUAUGUGCAGGUGUGAGUUUAAACAAUAAAUAUGCAUACAUAUUAUAGGAUGUUAAUGACCUAAUCUGGCGCUCGGCUAACAAAGUGCACUCUUAUUCUUAAAAACUGCUAACUGUUCUAAUGUAGCGCUGCAAGGCUCAUCCCUUGUAAGGACUCACUUUGUCUCUGGGUUUACAUUUUGUUAUUCUGUUUUGUUUUUACUUGAAUUUCUGUUUCUGCAUAUGACUGUGAAACCUACUGUGUUUUGAUUCUAAGGCAGCUGCUGCACUUCAGUCACAAGACAUGUGUGUGCAUGUUUUUAUGAAAUGCUGAAGAAACCACACCAAAGCAUCCUGGAUUAUAAAUCAGCAUCAGUGAGAUGCCUGUGAAAUGUUGGGGCCUCUUAUCAGCAUUAUGGAGCACAUAUUUGCUUACUUACAUUUUUUAGGAAUAAUGCUUUUCAUGCAUACAAAUGCUUUGUUUUUUUGUUUUUUUAUUGAAAAUUAGUAGUGAUAAAUAUUUCCUUCGACAUCCCAAAAUUAGAGAAUUCGAAAACUGCAGCAUUAUUAAAAUUCCAAUAAUCGCCGUGAUGCCCAUCUGUCCUUCACGUCUCAGCUGCCUGUGGUGGAAGGUGGGGAUCACACUGUUAUUGGUUUCUAACAAUAAAAGAUAAAAAUUUAAAACAAUCAGAUAUGAUUUCCUUGAAUCUGUUUUAGAAAGCAGUUUUUGAUGGUGGUUUAGCUUUCCAUAAAGUUGCUGUUGUUUCAAAUAAUAUAAUAAUACAUAAGCUAUAUACAUAGCUAUAGUAAUGGUCUGUAAAAUCCCACAGAAACAAUGCACAAAAAUAGAUGUCCUUCCACUGAUUGCUGUGCAGGUUUUCAAGCAUUAAUCCCUGUUAAUAUGUUGUAGCGGCAAUGUAAUUAUAAUGUUAGGUUCUUUUGUUUGAGGCAAGCCAAGACAUUCUUCGGUUCAGUCUUGUGUUUUUGUCUCCUGUGUGUGUACUUAGUACUUAAUGGGGAAUCUGUUUUUGGACUUAUGAUUGCUAUAGUAUGGGUAUGUCUACAGUGCUGUAAAACGUAUUUACCCCCAGAUUCAUUUUUUGCUUUGCUGUCACAUUUAGAUCAUCAAACAAAUUUUAAUGUCACAAAGAUAACCUCAGUAAAGGCAAAAUGCACUUUUAAAUGGAUCAUUUUAAUUUUUAAGGGAAAAGCUAUUGAGUUAACCUGGUCCUAUGGGCAUACACAAUUACUCCCUAAACCUAAUAAUGGGUUAUUCCAUCUUUGGUAGCACCAGCAGCCAUCAAGCGCUUGCAAUAACUGGCAAUAGGUUUUUCAUGCCAUUCUGGAGACACGCUCUUCUUUGCAGUAUUGUUUUAAUUCAGCCAGAAUGUUUCAGAGGAAGAAUGUGCAUCUUAGUCAGAUUUAAGAAUUCAUUUAAGAACUUACAUUAAUCUUCAGGACUUUGUGCUUGGGAGUAGAAUUCACGGUUUCAUCAAUUAAGGCAAAUCACCCAUUUCCUGUUGCAGCAAAGCAGCCCUGACCACAUGCUACAUGUAAUGGGAAGCACAUCUUGUACAAAGUUCAACUUCUGUCUUUUCAGUCCACAGAAUAUUUUUCCAUAAGUCAUUAAACUCAUUAAGAUAUUUGUUUUGGGAAAAUGUAAGGAUGGGUCGUUUUAGAAAUAGUUUUGGCCUUCAAACUCUCCAAUGGAUGCCAUUUUGUUUCUCACCUGUUCUGAAUUUAGAUUGAGGGCAUGCUUUGUUACCCCCAACAACUGUUGGCAGCUUCUUGAGACCUUUAAGCCUACUUCAUGUUGUCAGACAGGUUCUAUUUAAGUCAUUUCUUGAUUCUACAGGGGGAGAUCUUAUGGCUGGUGAAAUUGAUGAAAAAAAUAGGUUUAUCACAGUUGUUUCAUGUUUUAAUGAAAGUGGCAAUCAUUUUAUCACCUUUGGGAAGGUUGGUGAUUAAUAAAAUAAUUUAAAAUAGCCUUUUGUGUUUACUCUGGUUAUCUUUACCGGAAAUUAACAUUUGUUCUUCUGGAACAUUUAAAUUUGACAAAGAAAUGUGUACAAAAUAUGUAAUGUUGCAAAUCAUGACACUACAUUUAGAACCUGCUCUUAAAAAACCACUGUCCUCUGAUUGGUUGGCCUCUUGGAAGCAUUUGCCUGUUAUAGCCCACUCAUCUAAUAAAGGAUUAAGAAAAACAUGUAAGUGUAUCCAAAUAAAAAUUGCUUUUCUGACUGGAGAAACAUACAUAUAUCAGUUUUCCUUAGUAAAGUGGGAAAUCUGGAAAAAAUGUCAACUUCCAGGGUUUAAAUCUUCACCCAUCUAUAAGAACUUAAAGUAAACAGUUACUUCAGAGUAAUUUUAAUCAAAACAAGGCAGACUCGGAGGUGGAGAAGUGGUUAGCCAUCCAACAUGUGUAUGUGGGACCCUUUUGUUCAGGCUGGAUUCAAACUCUGCUCCUUGUAGAGGGAUUUGGGUUCACUAAAUGCAGCCCAUGUUGGCAAACCCAGCUGGGCCGUCGUGUAGCACGUAGAUGGGUCACAGGUGGGUAUUAAGAGCAUAACUUCGCAACACAUCUUGGACCCAUUCAGGGAUCCUUUUUCACCCUGUGUUGUCUUACAAUAAACCUACAGUAUGUAGGCCACUGAGAUAAGACAGCUGCUGAACAAAGCCACUGGGUCCCACUUUUAAACCAUUUUCCUACCCAUUUGGGCCCCAUUUGUAAAAGAUGGGGGAAUAGGAACCUUGUAGAAAGCAACUUGAGGAAAAGAAUUCUACAGAGUCAUACAGAUGAAUGCAUUUCUUAUUUAACUGUAACAAAUAGACUCACAGGCCACUUUAUUAGGUACACCUGUUCAGUUUCUUGAUAUUGCAAGCCAGCUAAUCAUACUGCAGCAGCUAAUGCAUUUCAGCAUCUAGAUGUGGUGAAGACAACUUGAUGAAGUUCAAAAUAAGGAUCAGAAACAAGAAGAAAGGUGAUUUAAGUGACAAUGAAUGUGCUGUCGCAGUCAGUACCAAACAGGCUGGUCUAAAUAUUUCAGGAACAGAGAAUCUUCAGGGAUUUUCAUAUGCUGUCAUCUCUCCAAUUUGCAGAGAAUGACGUGAAAAAAACAAACAUCCAGUGAGCAGCAGUUUAAGCAGAUGGGCUACAACUGCAGAAGAUCACAUAGCGUGCCAUGCCCGGCAUAUAAGAAUGGGAGACCGAGGCUACAAUACACACAUGGACAUCAAAAAUGGACAAAAGCAGAUUUGGAAAGACAUUGCCUGGUCCAAAAAGCCUUGAUUUUAGAUCGUAGUCAAAAUGUCGUAACGGGUAUGAAAGCACAGAUCCAUCCAGUCUUGUAUCAACGGUUCAGGCUGGUAUUGGCAGUGGAGAUAUUUUCUUGGCCCCUUAGUGCCAUCUGGUCAUUGUUUAAACACCACAGCCUACCUGUGCAUUGUUGCUGACCAAGCUGCUCAUACUUGAAUGACCACAGUGAGUGUACCCCUCUUCUAAUGGAUACUUCAAGGAACAAAAGCAUCAUGUCACAAAAUUCAUAUCAUCUCAAACUGGUUUCUUGAACCUACCAUGUUCACUCUUCUCCAAAGACCUGCAUAGUAACUGGAUCUCAGUCCAAAAAAACACCUUUGGGAUGAGACGGAACGGGAGAUUAACAUCAUCCAUGUGUAAUCUGUAGCAGCAUCAUGUCAGAUUUGGACCAACAAACCCUCAGGAAUGGUGUACUUAAUAAAGCGGCUUAGAAAAAAAAUAGUAAGCAAAAGUCAGAAAGUAUUUUUAAUCUAGUAGAAUGAUGAAACAGCAUAUUUACAGCAGACCAUAGUUGUGGCAUAGGCAAGAAAGAGAACGGAGAAAAUUUCUACCAAGGUUGUUCUUUGCCCCAAACGUAUCAACCGACAUUUUCCAACAUGAAGAUGCCUCAAUAAUGCAUGAGACUGGUUCAUAUAAAUCCUCUUGAGUCUCAGUCCAAAUGUUAUUGCCUUUCAAGAAUGUUACAAUUACUAACUUUAUGCCUGGCUUGUCUCCAGUUAACGGCAUGAUAUAUUGGGGGUAAACCAUGUAAACACAAUCUGUUACAGCAUGGCACAUGCACUGUAAACACUGGAAUGAUUAAAGAAAAAAAGACUACUGUAUUACCUUGCAAGAAAGCAACUUUAUUAUUAAUUGCAAUAUAAAUUAAAACUUUUAGGGCUAAUAAUUAAAUAUUGACUUGAGGAAGAUACCCGUGUUGUUAAAGCUGAUGUUGCAUUAGUUUGUUGUACAUCUUCUCAUGACAUAUGCAGUCUUUUCAUGUUUCUAACCUGAAAUAAAAUGCAGUGAGAUUUUUUUUUUUAAAAGGUUCAGAUUUUCAGCACAAACUGAUGGUGAGAUUCUCAUGACAAAUCUGUCUAAUAAAUGUCUUUCAGUUUAUGUAAAACUGACAUUUGUCCGAGUGCAAAUAAAGUGUCAAUGCCUCCUA